AUGCCUCCUCCAGUCGCGGCCCCACAGUGCCUCCUGCUCCGCCUAACUGAGGAGGGCCAGGAGCGUCGCGGUGCGGGGCUCGGAUGGGCCGAGGCGCUCGGAACACUAGCGGCUUGUGGUAUUUCUGAGGGCCGCCCCAGAGGCUUUGACCAACGAGUUCCGAGCCCGCCCCUGCUGCUUCUGAAACCUCCGGGGCCGCGGCUCAGCCGCCGACGUUCCCAGCAACCAAGGCCGCAACUACGCAGGCUGGGGUGGCGCCGGGGGGACUUCAGGACGCAGCUCGCCGGCCUGGUUCGGGCAAGGGCCGUCGGUGUCCCUUGUUUUGAAGGAGGCGGCGGUUUAAUCGGGAUUUUCUUUUCUGCCCAGCCGAAAGGAAAGAAGGCCAAGGGGAAGAAGGUGGCUCCGGCCCCUGCUGUCGUGAAGAAGCAGGAGGCUAAGAAAGUGGUAAAUCCCCUGUUUGAAAAACGGCCUAAAAAUUUUGGUAUUGGACAGGACAUCCAGCCCAAAAGAGACCUCACCCGCUUUGUCAAAUGGCCCCGCUAUAUCAGGUUGCAGCGGCAGAGAGCCAUCCUCUACAAGCGGCUGAAAGUGCCUCCUGCAAUUAACCAGUUCACCCAGGCCCUGGACCGCCAAACAGCUACUCAACUGCUUAAGCUGGCCCACAAGUAUAGACCAGAGACAAAGCAAGAGAAGAAGCAGAGGCUGUUGGCCCGGGCCGAGAAGAAAGCGGCUGGCAAAGGGGACGUCCCCACUAAGAGACCACCUGUCCUUCGAGCAGGAGUCAACACAAUCACCACCUUGGUGGAGAACAAGAAAGCUCAGCUGGUGGUGAUUGCACACGACGUGGAUCCCAUUGAGCUGGUCGUCUUCUUGCCUGCCCUGUGUCGAAAAAUGGGAGUCCCUUACUGCAUUAUCAAGGGGAAGGCAAGACUGGGACGUCUAGUCCACAGGAAGACCUGCACUACUGUCGCCUUCACACAGGUUAACGCGGAAGACAAAGGUGCCUUGGCUAAGCUGGUGGAAGCCAUCCGCACCAAUUACAAUGACAGAUACGAUGAGAUCCGCCGUCACUGGGGAGGCAAUGUCCUGGGUCCCAAGUCUGUGGCUCGCAUUGCAAAGCUAGAGAAGGCAAAAGCUAAAGAGCUUGCCACGAAACUGGGUUAAAUUUACACUGUAAAUAAAAAUAAAACAAUGAAAAUUUUCCUUCA